AAUGUUUUGAAAGGUCUUGGCGAGUAUGAAAACGUCAAUUCAAGACAGAAGAGAGCGUCUCCCGCUAAUUCACGAACAAAAUCGGUCCAAACAGUAUCGCAAGUAAAACUACUCAUCAAAGAAGAGCUUCGAGUGCUGCAAAACCAAUUCUGUGCAAAAGAUGAAAAGCUUUGCCGCUCAGGACCAAAAGGUAAUGCAGGGAGACGGGGAAGACCCGGAUUCCGGAGGAGACCAGGCCCCCCAGGGAAGCCCGGGCCAGAAGGACCUCCUGGUAAACAUGGGCCAGUGGGACCUCCAGGACCCGUCGGUAUUAAAGGGGAUCUCGGAGUACCGGGGGUCCCUGGUCCCAUGGGUCCUAGAGGCCCACCAGGUCAAAAGGGAACCAAGGGUGAGCCGGGCCAGUCCAUUACGGCUCCUUCUCUGCUGCAGAGUCCUCUUGAAACAACUGUCAAUCAAAGCCAGACGGCCAUCUUGAAAUGUUCAGCAGAUGGUAAUCCAACUCCACACAUCACGUGGUCUAAGAUGAACUCGCGGCUUCCUGUGGGACGUCACAAGGUAGAGUCCAGUGGUGCUCUGAUUUUGAAGGACGUGAGGCCUGGAGACGAGGGAGUCUACAGCUGUGAAGCUAGAAAUUUAUUGGGGAGCGUUAAUGCUUCAGCUAAACUCACUGUACAGUGUAAGUCGACCUGGUCAAUUUAAUUAAAAAUCAAAGUGGACUAAGAAUUUUAUUAAUCGACAAUUACCAGCGGAGUCGUGAAAUUUAACUUCAAAAAGACAGGUUGGAUAGACCGUGAUUAAAAAGCUCCUUAAACAAAACAUAAAAAAAUUCCUAUAUUAUGUCACCGGUUACGAUUGGAUAUUAAACUUUGAAUCAUGUGGUAUUAAAACAUAAUUUAGACAGUGCUUAACUGAAAAACAUGCUUUUUGUCGAAUUCAAUUUUGCUAAAUCAGAUCUGUAUCUGGAUAUCGUUUAGUGUGGAUAGUAUAAAGAAGAGCAACAACGUAACGCAGGCUACAAAACCAUUUGUCUACUUAAAAUAAGCUACAGUUGACUCCCGCUAACUCGAACCUCGCGCUAACUCAAACCAAAGUCGAUUUCUCCUGGAUUUCCUUCUUACAUUUACUGCAAUUUUACCCUCGGUAACUCGAACCUCCCGCUAACUCAAAGUAAUUUUUGUUUCCCUUCAGCUCAUUUCUAUACAACUUUACCCUCGAUAACUCGUACCAUGUUAUAAGCGCGUGACAAGUCCGGAAAAAAACCGUGUACUGAAGUCCGAAACAUUGAAUUUAUUUCAAAACAACCGAGUAAAUUCUUUGUCUUUACUUUUUUGCCACUCCAGUUCAAAUUCAGUGUCCAUUCCUGUAUACUUAUACUUCCUUCCCAUCAAUUUGCUAAUUUCCUUAUUUCCGGUUAUUUGAUUCAAACUCCCGAAAACUCGAACUUUUUCGAUUUCCUUUGAAGGUUCGAGUUAUCGGGAGUCCACUGUACUUGCAAACACAUUUUGAGGGGUCACUGAUUUUCUGCGUUCUAACUCAGACUUUCUUUAACAACUGGCCCUGAUUUCCUUUUUUUGCCAGUUGGACCGCAACUUUCAUUGUCAUCCAAUCGACUGAUGGCUGAAGAGAAACAAAACGUCACCAUCGCCUGCACUGCUACUGGUCAGCCGUCACCUAAGAUCACGUGGUCCAAGGCAGUGGGAAGUUUACCUGGAGGCAGAAUCAAGGUGCAAGAUGGAACCAUGAAAAUCUACAGUGUCACAAAAAAAGAUGGUGGAGUAUACAUUUGUAAAGCAGAGAAUAUUCUGGGAACAGCAACAGCCACAACCCUUGUUAUGGUAUUCUCUCCAUUGCAGUUUAAAGUCCGUCCUCCACAAGAGGUGACUUUUGUGAUUGGUUCCACUCUCCGUCUGCCGUGUGCGGCCGAGAGUGAGCUGAGUACCACACUUGCUUGGACAAUGAAUGGCGCUAAUGUAUUUCCUGUAAACGCUCGUGUUCUUCAAGAUGACACUCUAGUUAUUGAAAAUAUCAAGAAAACUCAAAAAGGAUCUUACAUUUGUCGAGCCAGCAAUACCCUAACAACAAUAGAAGCUAAAGUCAAAAUCACUCCAAUUGUUGCUUCCUGUUCUGAAGUUAAAAAAUACAUCAGCAGUGUAAGCGGAAAUUACGUCAUUGAUCCUGAUGGCAAGGGAGGUCUGGCACCAUUCACGGUGUUCUGUGACAUGACUGAUAAAAGUGGAGUUGGCGUGACAGUCAUUGGCCACGACAGUGAGAGCAGAACACAUGUUUCUGGAUGUGAUCCAUCAGGGUGUUACUCACGUGACAUUCAUUACACAGGAGCGAGUCUGUCUCAGCUGGCGAGUCUCACCAGAGUCUCUUCACACUGUGAGCAGUUCAUCAAGUACGAGUGUUACGAUUCAGUGAUAUUCCGUUGGGAAUAUGCUUGGUGGGUGUCACGUGAUUCGGCAAAGAUGACAUACUGGGGUGGAGCGUCACCCGGCAGUGGUAAGUGCGCAUGCGGGAUGACCAACUCAUGUGCAGUCUCCAGUUAUGGUUGUAACUGUGAUACGAAUGACAGUGUAUGGCGUGAGGACAGCGGUCUUCUCACUGACAAGACAAAGCUUCCAGUAAAACAGCUCAGGUUUGGUGAUGUGGGUAGUGGCGAGGAAGGUUACCACACUCUGGGGAAACUGAAGUGCUUUGGUAUUGCAUGA